ACUUAACAAAUAAAUUAUGCGUAAACCAACACCAGAACUUUCCAUAUCUGAAAUUCAGAAGGAAAUUGAGCGCUUUAGCGAAAGCGAGGAUUCCGAAGCUCCCAGUGAUGAAUCUUCCCAUGAUAAGCAAACAUAUGAUGCAAGCUUUACUGAAGUAAAUAAAUUGACCUCCGAUGAAGAAGCUGAAGUUGAUUUGAAUGAUCUAACAUCGCUAUUGACCAAAUCGAAAAGGAAGGCAGAGGAUAAUGUGCAGGACAUAGACACUCUCAUGCUCAAGACAAAAUUCGACAUAAAAAGAGAUAGUAGAGCGAAUGAUAUCAAAAAGAAAAAAGUUGCGGAACUCAUGAAGCAUCAAGCUAAUCGUGAACUGAGCAAUUCAGAAGAAACAUAUUCAUCUAAAGCUUGGCACGUUCCUCUUCUCGAAGUACCAAAGCCAGAACCACCGAAAAGCGCCAAGAAUAAAAAAUCCAGAUCCGUGCAAAAAUAAAUUACAAUGCUAGGCCGUAGCCACAGUUUCUAACGUUAGCUGU